AUGGCUGACCUGCAAGCGAGCCGCCGCCAAAUGGCCUCCCUCCGUUCUGCUGCGUCGGCGGUCCCUUUCAGGGAAACGCAAUCCGGCGCUCCCGCCGCAGCCGCCGCGCGCGAGGACGAGCAGCUCGUCGACGGGUGGCCGACGUGGCUGCUCGACAACGUGCCCCGGGAGGCGCUGGAGGGGAUCGUCCCCAGGAGCGCGGACGCCUACGACAAGAUCGAGAAGGUCGGGCAGGGGACGUACAGCAACGUGUACAAGGCGCGGGAGCGCGGGACGGGGCGGGUGGUGGCGCUCAAGAAGGUGCGGCUGGACACGUCGGAGUCGGAGAGCGUGCGGUUCAUGGCGCGGGAGAUCCGGGUGCUGCAGCGGCUCGACCACCCCAACGUCAUCCGCCUCGAGGGCAUCGCCACCUCCAGGAUGCACCGCAGCAUCUACCUCGUCUUCGACUUCAUGUACUCCGACCUCACCAAACUCAUCGCCCGCCCCGGGCACCGCCUCACCGAGCCCCAGAUCAAGUGCUACAUGCAGCAGCUGCUGGCGGGGCUGCAGCACUGCCACGAGCGCGGCAUCCUGCACCGCGACAUAAAGGGCUCCAACCUGCUCAUCGACCGCCACGGCGUGCUCAAGAUCGGCGACUUCGGCCUCGCCAACUACUACGGGCCCGGCCGCCGCCGCCCGCUCACCAGCCGCGUCGUCACGCUCUGGUACCGCGCCCCCGAGCUGCUGCUGGGCUCCACCGAUUACGGCGUCGGCAUCGACCUCUGGAGCGCCGGCUGCCUCCUCGCCGAGAUGUUCUUCGGCAAGCCCCUCCUGCGUGCCACCACUGAGGUGGAGCAGCUGUUCAAGAUCUUCACCCUGUGCGGGUCGCCGCCGGACGACUACUGGCGGAAGCUGAAGCUGUCCCCGACGUUCAAGCCCCCCAAGGCGUACAAGCCCACGACGGGCGAGAGGUUCCGCGACCUGCCGCCGUCGGCGGUCGGCCUGCUCGCCACGCUCCUCGCGCUCGACCCCGCCGCCCGCGGCACCGCCGGCCAGGCCUUGCAGAGCAGCUUCUUCAGCACCCCGCCGCUGCCGUGCGACCUCUCGGAGCUCCCCGUCGUGUACAAGGAGGAGGUCGCCGACCCUGCUGCUUCGAAGCCGAAGGUGAGACAGCGUUCCCAGAGACGGAAGGACAGCAAGCUGAAAACCGAGGAGCAACGGUCAGGGAUCAACACCGAAUCUCCCAACAAAGAGGAGGAUAAAGUAAUCGACAGAGCAAAUUCAGGCCAGGAAUCAGAUGGUGCAGCGAACGCCGCUGCCAAUGCUUCCUCCAGAGUCCAAGAACCACUAGACGUCACCAUCAACGUUGCCACGUACUCAUACAGUACAGUCCCAGGACGGUUUUCAGUUAGCCCGGAUCAGGUACUACUUCCACAAGAAGCCUCACCUGCUGCACCUCAAGAUCAGCAGCAGCUGCCAGCGGCUAAGGCCUCGCACCGCUCAGGCAGCGACGACGAUCACGAGAACCGCAAGCAGAUUCGGGCUCUGGACGACGACAACGACGCCGCCGACGGCGCCGGCGAGCCGCCGUCUGGUAGCGGCAACGAGGGUGUCGCUUUGAACGGCAGCCAGGAGAGCAGAUCGGCUGCUUUCAUGACAGACUUCGAGGCGGCCGCCGCUGUGCUGCGCGGAUCAGAAGAAAUCCCUUCCAAGCAAUACGUUAUUGUGGAUUAACGAGUGGGAGGCCGCGGCUGUUGUUCCAAUUGAGCAUCCUCUGAAUUGUGGAGGCUGAUGCUUCGUUUGUACCACCAAAUAAUCAUCUCUUCGGAAAAGAAGAAUCAUUGGUUUUUAUUCAGUUCCUGAUUGAUCUUUACUGCCAAUAACCUGUGUUCGUGCUCAAGAGCACUUUUUCUCAUCGGCUUUCACCUUUUCUUUUGGUAUACCAACUAACAUUUAGAGAUAGAAAACAUCCGAACC